AUGAGGUCCUCGUAUCAGACAAUAACAAUACCAACCCUCCUACUGUCCCUCAUACCCCUCUCUCAUGGAUCGGCAGCCAACUCGACCUUCCCCAAACGCGGCCUCUGCUACAUCGCGACCGACCACUCGGAGUCGGACUCGCACAUCUUCACCACCUCCAACUCGCCGCUGACGUGGUACUAUAAUUACAGCCCCUGGCCGGGCCCCUCGAGCUCGCUGGCGCAGUGGAGCACGGAGUUUGUGCCCAUGGUGCACUCGGCGAGCGACGCCGCGGCGUCCGUCGACACGAUCAAGGCCAUCCUCAACGGCAGCGCGGGGAUCCCCCUUGCGGCAUCAUCGGGCGGCGGCGGUCGCGGGAACAGGGUCACGCACGUCCUAACCUUCAACGAGCCGGACGGCGACACCUCGACCGGCGGGACCGACUCGGCGCCCGACCACGCCGCGCAGGUGUAUAUCGACACGAUCCUGCCGCUGCGCGCCGCGCCGUACCACCUGCAGGUGUCGCUGCCGGCGACGACGGGGUCGGCGCGCGGGCUGGAGUGGCUCCGGGCCUUCAAUGUGUCGUGCUUCCGGCGCCGGCCCGCGGGCGGGUGCGCGUUCGACUUCGUCGCCGCGCACUGGUACGGCGACCUCGCCGGCAUGGCCUCGUGGCUGGGCACCCUGCACGCAUUGUACCCGGCGAAGCCCCUCUGGGUCACCGAGUUCGCCCUCCCCGCGGCCCCCGCUGCCGCGACCCAGGCCUUCUUCAACGACUCCCUCCCCUACCUGGACGCCCUGGCCUACGUCCCCCGGUACGCCUGGUUCGGCGCGUUCCGGAGCAGCGGCGGCGACGGCAACGAGUGGACCGGCGACCAGGUGAGCUUGUUCGACGGGCACGGCAGGUUGACGGACCUGGGCGCUGGGUAUCUCGGCGGCGACAAGGAUGGCUUCCACGAGGGCGAGAGCGCCAGUAACAGUGCUGCUGCUGCUACUGCUGGGUUUGCCACUACCACGAUGUCGUGGACCAUGUGCCUGUUGCUGGCCUGUUCAGUCGUUGCGAAUCUCGGUUGGCUGCUCUGA